UGCUUUCAUAACAUGUUAGAUGUUACACCCUGAAUAUAGUAUUACUAAACCCUGGACCCUGCAUUCACUAUAUCUGGUCUCCCCGGACCCUGCAAUCACUAUAUCUGGUCUCCCCGGACCCUGCAUUCACUAUAUCUGGUCUCCCCGGACCCUGCAUUCACUAUAUCUGGUCUCCCCGGACCCUGCAAUCACUAUAUCUGGUCUCCCCGGACCCUGCAUUCACUAUAUCUGGUCUCCCCGGACCCUGCAUUCACUAUAUCUGGUCUCCCCGGACCCUGCAAUCACUAUAUCUGGUCUCCCCGGACCCUGCAUUCACUAUAUCUGGUCUCCCCGGACCCUGCAUUCACUAUAUCUGGUCUCCCCGGACCCUGCAUUCACUAUAUCCGGUCUCCCCGGACCCUGCAUUCACUAUAUCUGGUCUCCCAGGACCCUGCAUUUACUAUAUCCGGUCUCCCCGGACCCUGCAUUCACUAUAUCCGGUCUCCCCGGACCCUGCAUUCACUAUAUCCGGUCUCUC